AAGAGCCGUGUCUCUGACAUUGGUCACCUUUUCUUUCUCUCUCACCACUUUGAUCAUUUACACGUCGACUACUGUACCUCCGAACUUCUAGCUUGUCAGCCUCUGCGCUCGCUCCGGCCUUCCCGCACUCAGACAAUGGGCCUCUCCAUCUCGUCACUCAUGGGUUCUCUCCAAUCUCUCGCCUGGUGGAGCAAGGACAAGGACGUCCGAAUAUUGAUGCUUGGGCUGGAUUCGGCUGGGAAGACAACAAUUCUAUAUCGCUUGCAGAUUGGCGAAGUAGUUUCUACAAUACCGACAAUCGGCUUCAACGUCGAGACUGUUGAGUAUAAGAACAUCAAGUUUCAAGUGUGGGAUCUUGGAGGGCAGUCAAGUAUACGACCUUACUGGCGAUGCUACUUUCCCAAUACCUCCGCAAUCAUCUAUGUCAUCGAUUCUUCCGACCACGAUCGCAUAGAUACUUCUCGUUCAGAGCUCCUAACGAUGCUUUCCGAAGAUGAACUCGCCGGCGUGCCUCUCUUGGUGUUCUGCAACAAACAGGAUGUCGAGGAUGCACUAAAACCGGAAGUGAUCAGCGAAAAGCUGGGCUUGGCCGGUGGCGAGAAGGGACGCGAAUGGAGUGUUAGGGGCAGCUGCGCUACGAAAGGGGAGGGCUUAGAGGAAGGUUUGGAUUGGCUUGUUAAUGCGAUUCAAAAGAAGUAGAAACCUUCGUCUUCGCCGCUUGGCUCUCUUUUGUACCUCUCGCCUUCCACGUAUUCAACCGGGACGCUUUCAGCCUUGCGAUUACAUACCCUGUUUGUACAUCAUUAACAUAGUUGCUU